UCAGGCAGCUACAACUAUACUAUAGUAUACUAUAUGCCGCUGCGUUCUUCGAAUCCACGUGCGUUGAACAUGCGAAUGUAUGUUUUAAAACUCGUGAAUCAAAAAUUAAUUUUUAAAUAAAAUCAUUGGCAAAAAUGUCUUGUAAAAUACACAACGUACGCUUUUACAAUUUAGAACCAAAAUCUAUAACGUGCUUUUCUUACGAACCUAGAAGUAAAAAAUUGGCUGUUACAAGAAAUGACAAUUCAUUAGAAAUUUGGAACAUUGGUAAUGCUCCUUUUAUUGAGUCUACGAUUACUGGUCAAAGUGAUACUUCAAUAGAAGCUGUUUUAUGGAUUGACUCAAGAUUAUUUACUUGUGGUUUACGUGGUAUGAUAACAGAAUAUGAUUUGACAACUUUAAGCAUAAAAUAUGAAGUGGCAGUCACAGGAGGAGCAGCUUGGUGUAUGGAUAUAGAUAAUAAUCAAACUCAUUUAGCUGUUGGCACAGAAGAUGGUUACAUUAACACUUUUCUCGUGACUGAAGAAUCUCUUAUUUAUGAAAAAAUCUUUGACAAACAAAAAGGAAGAAUAUUGUGCUUAAAAUGGGAUAAUGCUGGAGAAAUGAUCUUCAGUGGUUCUACUGAUACAGUAAGGGUUUGGAAUGCAACAUCUGGUCAUGCAAUACAUAAGAUGCAAGUAGCUAGAAAAGAGGUCAAAAAGGAAACUAUUGUGUGGUGUUUGGCAGUAACUAUGGACAAUAUGAUUGUAUCUGGAGAUUCUAGAGGUGUAUUAUCAAUUUGGGAUUCAAAUAUGGGUACACUGAUUGAAGCUCACGAAAGUCAUGCUGCUGAUAUACUUUCCAUUACCAUGUCACAUGAUAAAAAUGUAAUUUACUGUGCUGGUGUUGACCCUGUAAUUAGAACAUUUUCAAAAGUAGUUGCUAAAUCUACAGGAAGAAUACAAUGGGUUAGAGGAAUUGAAAGAAGACUACAUGUUCACGAUGUUCGAGCUCUUGUUGAAGCAGGUGGUAAAUUAUACUCUGCUGGAGUAGACGGUUACUUGGCUCAGUCUAGUUAUCCACCUAGGGUUCUAGUCAAAUAUCCACCACUACUUCAACCACCUUGCAUUUAUGUAUGCUCAAAAUCACGAUGUAUAUUGUUGAGAUAUCAUAAUUUUCUUGAAUUAUGGAGACUAGGUGAUAUUGCUAAAAGUAAUACCACUUUUGAGCGACCUGGACAUUUGUAUCCUUUGGAAGAUGAGCCUGUAAAACUUUUACAAUUGAAAUCUAAAUUGGAUGAAAAUAUUAUUUCUUGUGCCAUAACUAGAGAUUCUAGUAUUAUUGUGUACUCCACAGAAAGUCAUAUUAGAGUGUUUAACUUUAAUGUGAUACAAGGUCAUGCUCAGCUUAAUAAACAAGAUAGUGAUAUACCUCUCAAGAAAAAAGUAUACAAAAUGCUUUUCAGUGCAAAUAGUAAAAUUCUUGCAACAGUAAGCAACGAAGAAGGCAAAACUGUUAUAACUUUAUAUACUUUAAAUAAAGAGCAUUAUUUAAGUUUUCAUGGAUGCUUUACUACAGAUAAAGAAGAUAUUAAAACAGUUGGACUACUUUGUUUUUCACCUGAUAAUAAGUAUUUGAUUUGUUCUGAUUAUCAAAGUCAUAUAAUAGCCUAUAAUAUAGAAGGUGACCUCAGUCCAGAAUCAUUACAAGCUUGGCUUCUACCAAAGUAUACUUGUCCACCAACUGCUAUGGCAAUACAGAAGGACACCAAUAAUUUAGUUAUUGUAUAUUCUGACCAUAAGAUUGUGGAAUAUAGUAUUCCAAAGAGGAAAUAUACAGAAUUUUCAAACAAUUUGCAAGGUCGACUGCCAAAUCAAUGGUUGGCAAGACCUUUUCCUAUAACUAAUAUUGCCUUUGAUCAAAACAAUGAAAACAUUAUAAUUAUGCAUGAUGAUACAACAGUUUUUGUCAUUAACAAGUCUAGUGAUCUUCCAUGUUCAACAACAAAAAUAGCAAAACUCGAAAAUGGCUAUUGUAAAGAAGAAAGUAGUACAAGCUCCAGCACAAGUUCUCAACACACCAUACAAGUUGUAAAAAAGUAUAAGCAUCUGGUACAUUUAGGAUGGAUGAGCAGUUCUGAACUGAUAGCUGUCGAAGUCAAUCCAACAUCACUAUGCGAAAAAUUACCUCCAACAUUAAAGCAAAAGUGGUUUGGCAUGUAAAUGUUAUAAUAGAAUUUUUUUUUAGCAAAUUGUUGACUGUAAAAAACUAAGACAAAAUUGGCAGUUAAAUAUUUUCAUUGUAGUCAGUUUUAUAUGACAAAUUGUAAUUUAUAAACAGUUUUAAGUGACUACAAUCAUUGUUAUAAAAAAUUGAUGUAUCAAAGAAUUAUUAAAACU